UUGACGAGCUGUUAUCGUUGACGUCUUACUGGAACGCCACAUUGGAAAAACCGACGAAGUUUUUGAGCAUGGCCCGUAGGCGCCUCAUCUUAUCCAUCACCGUGGUGUUAUCUACCUGUCUCGUUGCUGUCACAUUCGAUACAGAUAUAUCAGCCGAGUUGACUGGCUCGUCAGCUGUGGGACAUGAGGGCGGCUCCUACAACUUCAUCUGCACAGUCAGAAAUGCUAUUGGUUUUACUGACAACAUACAGUUCCACAGUGGUUUAAACGGGCACAUUGUGGUAUCCUUAUUUCAAGACGACUCCAGCUGUCGGGAAUACACCGAUGAACAUAAGGCCCACAUAACUCGAUGUGGAUCGGGAACAAACGAAUGGUCCGCUGAAACAAAGAGAUAUCACAUGGGGGUCCACAGUCUGAAGAAAACGGACCUCACUGGCUGGUGGUGCUAUUUGCCUAACUCGGGAGUACACAGCAAUACUUUAGAUCUUACUGGCUUCAAUGUAAUUAUCAGUUGUUCGGAUGAAGCAUCAGCCGGACAAACUACACAUUUGACUUGUGUGGUUACUGCUGAAGACAAACCCGACGCAAUAUUCAUAUAUCCUCUGGCUGGUAAAACAAAAGGAAGAGUGUCCUGUGACUUAGAGAAAAAGAAAUGUCAUAAUGCCGGUUCGCAAGGGUUAUACAGUGCUGAAUUCACUACUGAUAAUAAGAUCACUCUGACCAUACAUUCGUUUGACCUCGAGAGGGAUGAAGGGAUAUGGAAAUGUAUUAGUGGAAGCCAAGGAGAUACGUGUUACAAGUCUGGCUUGGGUACAGUUUCCUCCAUGCUGCCAAAUACAUUCAUCAUGCUGCAGUUUAUUGCCAUAUUAUGUACCAUGAUCGUCACCAAGAACCAACUCUGUGAUGUCUUGUAGUUUGUCUGCUGGUUGUCAGCUAGUACAACAGCGUCUCUAACAUGUCUGUCAAUUCUCCAAUCUGGAUUGAACAUCACUGUUCCAACAAUUGCGGCAUCUGUUUCAGACUUUUCAUCAGGAUGUUCUUCACAUAUUGUAUCAUAUAGCAAUAGAAAUGUUAACACUUUAAUAGCUCAGUUGUGUGACUAUGCCAAUUACGAACAUUUACUGAAUUAAUAUACUAUAUAUUUAUUACACAUAUGGUUAAAUAUAUUUGUACAUAUCAAAGUGAUACGUCCCACUAGAACGUGACGUCAUCGACUGGCGCACUACAACCUUACAGGAACAUUAUCCAAACGGGUUGAGUGAUAUAAAUUAAGAUCGAUGAUGGCUAAUAAAUAUCAUAUUAAACUCGCUACCAUUUGGUAUCAUGUUUAUCUCCCUCGUGGAAAUUAUUUCACUCCUGACAUAAACAUGAUACGAAGUGAAACUCGUUUAAUAUCCUAUAUA